CCCCACUUUCCUCACAGCCAAGCAAUGGCAAUUCCAAUCGCCCAAAUCCGACCCUUGUUCCCCUCCGCCUCUCCAAUCACCACUGCUCCACCGAAAUCCACAACAAUCCUCCUCAAACACGCCCCUAAAUUCCCUCAAUUCGCAUCCAAUCGGCGCCGCCAGUUCACCAGCGUCCCCAAAGCCUCAGCCGAUGACGAGAACGCCGCCGCUGCCGAAUCGGCGGAGGAGAGGAAGGAAAUGACGGAAUUGGGGAAGGAGAUACAGCAGGCGAUGAAGGAGAGAGAGCAGGAGAAGGAGAAGGAGAAGGAGAGCGGAUUCGUGAGCGGAGUGAUUGAGGAAAUUAGGGAAAUCGAGUGGCCUGCUUUCGGCAAAGUGUUGGGGACGACGGGAGUGGUGCUGGGGGUCAUCGCCGGAUCCAGUCUCGUUUUGCUCACUGUCAAUGCCGUUUUGGCCGAGAUUUCUGAUACCGUUUUUGCCGGAAAAGGUGUGCAGGAUUUCUUUGGAUAAUCCAUUCAUUUCGACCUUAUUUUUCCCCUUUCCUUUUUUUUGAGCCUAUUUUGUUUAGCUUAUUUUUUGUUUAGUAUAAUGAAAUUUUACUAGAAAUGUCAAAUUUCUAAUGUUGUGAUU